AUGCUUAAGCACAGGCGUGCAUAUGACGAUGCACGCUUAGCUCUGGAUACGUUUGGGCUGGCGGCGCUGGGAGGGGACGGAGGCGGGGUGGGAGGGGUGCAGGCGGGGGCGUUUGGAGCGGUUGGAGUGAGUGUGGAUGGGUUGGUGGAUGUGCUGGCGGAGGGGAAUUCGGGGGUGGAGGAGCCUGUGUACGUGGGGCAGGCAUGCCGGCUGGUGUUCCGAGGACAGGCUCCGCAUGAGCAGCGUGACUUCCCCUUACCGCCCCACCCGUAUCUACCUCCCCCACCUCCCCAGCCCCACGGAUCAGGAGGUGUUGCUGCACGAGGUGGGGCGGCAGCGGUCAGGGCACCCCCUUGCUCCUCCCCGUCCCACGCCCUCACCCACCGUACGCUCGUAACACCUCCCCCUCCCGCACCAUAUCCCCUUUUCCCCCCCUCCCAGCCCCACGGACCAGGAGGUGCUGCUGCACGAGGUGGUGUGGCAGCGGUUGGGGCACCUGAGGUGUUGCUGUGCGAGGUGGUGCGGCAGCGGUCAGGGCACCUGUCAGGGGCGGUCAUGUCUCCCCCUGACUGCAAUGCACCAUCCCCCCCCACCACCCCCCCUUCCCUCCCCCCCAACCACCCCCCCUUCCCUCUCCCCCACCCGUAUCUCCCACACCAGCCCCACGGACCAGGAGGUGCUGCUGCACGAGGUGGUGCGGCAGCGGUCAGGGCACCUGCCAGAAACUCUCUUUCUCUGCCCUUCCCUGCCCACACUCGCGCCCGUCCACACCUUUUCUUGCCCCCCCUCUCCCCUCCCCCCAGCCCCACGGACCAGGAGGUGCUGCUGCACGAGGUGGUGCGGCAGCGGUCGGGGCAUCUGUCAGGGGCGGUCAUUCUGCUGCACGCCAAGGCACACGACCUGUACCGCGGCAUCCACGCCCAGCGCAUGAUGGCUCAGGUGGGGAGAGUGGGGGAGAUGCUGGGACGCAUGGCAUAUGAUGGCAUAGUGAGAAGGGGUGUGGGGAGAGAGGGGGGGUGGACGAGGCAUGGUUGGGUGGGCGGUGGGCAGUGGGACGGGGAGCGAGGGUUGGGCUGGGGGUUGGUGAAGGGGUGGUAUCAUGUAUCAUGUGACAUGGCACGCGAGUACCUGUGCAUGCACGACUACCCCAACGCCAAGCUGCUGCUAGGCACCAUAGCACAGCUCUACCGCCGCGACUCCUUCCCCUCGCUCCUCGCCUUCUGCCUGCUCAACCUCCGCUCCUGCGCGCGCCACCUCUCCCUCCUCCCGGAUUUCUUACUCUAUUCUCUUGAGCUCUGCACUCUCCCCGCGCUCCCCUCCCUGCCGCCCUCUUCUGCUUCCCCCUCUGCGGUUGCGCUUCCUGCUGCGUCUGCGUCCCUGCCCCCGUCUAGCUGGAUGGAUUUGGGGGCGGGGGAAGGGGGAGGCGGAGCAGGGGGCGUGGGGGAUGUGUACGAGGGGGGUGUGGGGGGGAGUGUGGCAGUGGGGGGGAGAGUGGGGGAGAGGGAGAAACGUGCAGUUGCACAGGAGCUUCUGCGGGUGCUGAGAGGAGGGCGCAUGGACGGGGGCAGCGAGGGGGACGAGGGGGUGAGGCGAGCGAGCGAAGGCGGAGGAAGCGGGUUCACUAGAGCGUCAGCCUCAUGGAAAGGAGGAGGGGAAGGCGGAGGGGACGACAGCGCGAGCAGCUGGGCCAGCAGCGUUACAGGAGCAUCUGCAGGAGAGGAGGAAUCAGCGAAAACAGCAGCAGCAGCAGCAGCAGCAGCAGCAGCAGCAGCAGCAGCAGCAGCAGCAGCAGCAGCAGCAGCAGCAGCAGCAGCAGCCCUGAGAGUGGGGCCCACCCACCCGUUCCUCCUCUUCACACAGGACCUACCCCACCUGCGUGCAGUCCUCUCUGCUACUGCCGCUUUCCCCCCUCGCCCCACGCACCCCCCCUCGCCCCCGCGUAUGGGCCAGCCGCUGCAGGUGUGCGUGUCCCUCCUCACUCACUUCCCCACCCACCUACGCCUGCAGCGCGUGCUGGUGCGGUUCAGCCAAUCCUGCUGCGACACGUGGAUUCCGAGCAGUGGGGAGGGGGAGGAGAGGGCGGGGGAUGGGGGGAAGGAGGGGGAAGGGAAGGAGGAGGGGAAAGAGGCAUGCAGCGGGCUACUCGAGUGUCUACAGGUGCAGGCGCACAUCACACCAUGCGCCAUCCUCUCCUGCCCCAUCGACAGCCCGCAAGCCGCAGGCCUCGUGCUCUUCUGGGUCUUCGAAGCCCCGUCUCCCUCACCCUUCACUGACUCAUCCCUCUCUGUGCUAGGCCACAAGGCCGUAGAGAUAGCCGACGAGGCUCCUCUAGCGGAUGUGACUGUAGAGUGUGCGGCAGACGGGGGGUUGGUAGGGGAGGCGUUGCCUGUGCGUGUGUGGGUGCGGUCUUUAUGGCACGCGCUGUGGUCUGCGUCGCUGUCUCUUGUGCUGUCUGCUGCUGCUGCCGCCGCUGGCGCUGCUGGUGGUACUGCUGCCGCCGGUGCUGGUGGUGGUGCCUCUGGGUCUACCUCUACUUCCCCUCUGGCAGCAUCGUCCCCUCCUGCCUCUCCCGCUGCUUGGCCCUCCGCCCAUGCACCCUCCCACAACCCCUCUUCCACCACCACCACAAGCACUAGCACCAGCAACACCACUACCAGCAGCAGCGGCACCACGAGCACCACCGGCAGCAGCAGCACAGGCAAGGAAGGCCCAGGCGUUUCCUCUCACAGCAUCCCCUCCAUCACCCAUCUGCCUGCCUUCGAACCCCCUCCUCUCCCGGGGUAUCUGCCCAUCCCACCUGCUGGCACGAGUGCAGGGGACGCGUUUGCAGUUCUCGGGGAAGGCACUGCGGGGAGAGACGAGGGGGGGGAGACGGAAGUGCAUGGUACUGCUGUCCCCGCGGAGAUUCUAUUGCCCACAGUGGUGUUUGUCCGAUGGAAGGCCGCUAUUCCCCUUAGCUUCAUCGCCACUCUCUCGUACUCCUCCUCCCCUCCUGCUCCGGCUGCUGCUGCUGCUGCUGCCACUCCAGCCACGCAGGCUCAGGGGAGUGUGAGAGAGGAGGCUGCUGCUGCUGUUCCUGCCAAUGCCACUGCUGGUGGGGAUGCAGCAGGAGCAGGAGCAGGGGUGGCGCCGGCAGCAGCUGUGGCGGUGCAUGAGACGUGUGUGGUGGCGGUGGUGGUGCGAAACACUGCGUGCACGGCGCUGCGGCUGCUGGCGGUGCGGGUGCCGCAGCAGCAGGGGGAUGACGCCGCGUGCCUUGUCCGACCAGUGUCCAUGCGUGCCCGUGCGUCUGCUGCUCUUGCUGCCGCUGCUGGUGCUGUUUCGCACGCAGUCGAGAGGAGAGAUGGUGACAGUGGCAGUGCAGGUGCGGAGGGCAGUGUGGAAGGGGAAGGCGACGUGCCAAUGCCAUCAGAAUUACAAGAGCAAUCAGAGGGGUGUGAUUCAGAACUGCCGCUGGUGCUGGGUCAAGGCGAGUCCUUCACCCAACUCUUCCACGUCACCCCGCGUGUUGCCUCGCCCUCCCUCGUCAUCGGCUCGCUGCUGCUCUCGUGGCAACGCCACGCAGCUCAGGGCAACACCAGCAAGGAGAUGCACAGUCACGGUCAGUCAGUCCUGCAAAUCCCUGCAGGCAUGGCAAAUACCUACGAGAAGGCUCUGGAUAGCGGAUUGGGUGUGAAGCUUGCAGGCUCUGACCCUGUCGCACUGACUCUAGACGCUGCAGCCCCACCCGACCAGCCACACCAACAGGCAGCCCAGACCCUAACCCCCACACCCUUAUUCCUCCCACAGCUCUCCCCAACCGUCUCGUCCCUCCGGCCGUUCCCGCCUGUUCUCUCCGCGAACCCCAUUCUCGUCGCGUCGCUGCGCCUACCGCCGUUCACGAUCGUGGGGUCCCCCUUUUCCUUCUCCAUCCGCCUCUCCAACUGCACCACCUCGCUGCAAGAGGUGGUGUAUCAGCUGCAGGACGCACCAGGCUUUGUCUUUGCAGGCCAGCACAGUGGCUCGGUUACAGUGCUCCCCCGCGCCUCUCUGCGCCUCUCCUUCCGCCUGGUUGCGGUGGCAUCGGGUAUGCUGCAGCUGCCGCUCAUUUGA